GGCUGCAGGUUGUAGGUUGCAUGCUGCUGGUUGCAGGUUGUAAGUGGCAGGUUGCAUGCUGCAGGGCUGCAGACUGAUCAUUCUGCAUGAAACCUUCAGCAGAUCUGAUUGAUCCCAGUCCUGCUCUGAUCCUCCUGGUGGCUAACAGCAGCUAGCACCGUUAGCUGCAGCAGCUGCAGCAGCUCCCACGUUUCUACCGUAAAACUGGGUCAGAACCGAACCUGAAAUGGAGACAACGACGACGAAAAGAAGAGACAACAAGAAGUCUCUGCGGGUUAAAGUCAUCAGCCUCGGCAACGCGGAGGUGGGGAAGAGCUGCAUCAUCAAGCGCUACUGCGAGAAGAGGUUCGUCCCAAAGUACCUGGCGACCAUCGGCAUCGACUACGGAGUCACCAAGGUCCAGGUGAGGGACAGGGAGAUGAAGGUGAACAUCUUCGACAUGGCCGGACAUCCCUUCUUCUAUGAGGUCCGGAACGAGUUCUACAAGGACAGCCAGGGGGUUCUGCUGGUCUACGACGUGGGUCUGAGGGAGAGCUUCAUCGCCCUGGAAGGCUGGCUGGGCGAGAUGAAGCAGGAGAUGGGCUCCCAGGCCAACAUGGACAGCAUCGUCUUCACCGUCUGCGCCAACAAGGUGGACCUGACCAAGCGGCGCGUGGUGGACGAAGGCGAGGGUCGUCUGUGGGCGGAGUCCAGAGGCUUCCAUUACUUCGAGACGUCGGCGCAGAGCGGGGAGGGCAUCAACGAGAUGUUCCAGGUAGAGGUUCCACUGACCCCGGCAGGAGAACAUCUCUGA